AUGCAGGUUAUCAUUGCUAACUCCAGAGGCUCACAUAGCUCUAAAGACAUUGAUGAAAAGACGGAACUAACCCGGCUCUUUGUGGUUGUACCAAGUUCAUAUGAUGAUGAUGAAUUGUAUAAGAAAUUUGAUGAGUAUGGUGAGAUCGACCAUGUGACCAUCAUCACAGACAAAAAGACCGGAGCAAACAAGGGAUUUGGUUAUGUCAAGUUCAGGAGAGUUUCAGGGGCUGCCAAUGCACUUGAAAACUGUGAUCGAAGCUUCAAGGCAGUCAUGGCCGAGCCACGCCGAUCGGAGAAGCGAAGCCGAGACGACGUCUUCGAAAGGGACUACUCCCGAUCGUCGGAUCACGACCGCUUGGACUACGGCCGUCCAGACUACCUGAGAUACGACCACCUCCGCAAGGACUAUGGCAGGAGCUCCGACGUGGGGAGGAAUUCUGACUACGGACGGUUUAGCCACAGCAGAGUGGAGAGUGAUUACCCCAUGCGAGGGGAGUACACCUCACCCACCGCCCUACCAAGGGCCACCGCUCCUCAGGUUGGCAACUUUGAGGUCGAUGGCAUGUUUUUCCCGCAAGGUCCAGGAAUGCCCACAAAUCUCUCUCCAAGGUUGGUUGCUGACAUCGUUGGUCCUGUCACAGAGACUCAGGUCAAGGGUUUGUUCAGCAUCAUUCCUGGCAUGGAAUACUGUGAUUACAGAGAAGAACAAGUCAGUUGGGGAUAUAAAGGUACUGCUUAUGUACGGUACAGCUCGGCUGCCCAGGCGGCCUAUGCAAAGCAGAAACUUGAUAACUUUGAGUACCCUCCAGGAUGCCCCAUGCAAGUCAAGUUUGUAGAAGACAACUCGUCGACCACAAUCAAUGCAGGAUCGGUUCUUGGAGCGUAUAACCCUCCAACAGCAGCAAGCCAACCACCUUCCUGUACUGUUGCGCUACCCCCACUACAGCCCAUGGCAGACCCAGACAGUCCUGUUGAGGAGAGACUGUUCGUGAUCUGUACCCGUCCUCUUCCAGACCCUAUCAUCUGUGACGUCUUCAGGAGGUUCGGAAACUUCAUCAGCUACAAGAAUGUCCAUGGCCGCAACUAUGGCUAUGCCAAGUUUGCUAGAAAGGAAUCGGCUGAAAUUUGUCUCACCACUCUGCAUGGCCAGACCAUAGCUGGUGAGAAACUCAAGGUCAUCGUCGCUGACCCAGAGCCAGAAGAGAGAAAGCGCCCUCGUACGACAUAGACUGGCCAGUCAAGCUCUCAUCAUUUCGGAACUCAUUCCAAGACUUAAGACUUCUGUACAGAUACCCAGCUAUUCCUGCACAUUAUGCCACUACGAGACACUGAACUGUUCCAUACGCCAAGAGACUUUGACACAUAUCUACAUGAACCUGAACCUGACUCGUCUAUCGUACUUUACUGAUACGCAAGACAUCAAAUGACCAAGCAUAUUCGUUCUGGCACCCUGACAAAAUCAUGAACAAUAACCCGUUAUCGAUCUCAUGGUCAAUUUGAGACGGUGGGCAUUUACGUAAGACAUCGACAGACCGUGUGAAGAAGUUCCCAGACAAGCAUUAUCACAAGUACAGCCACUAUGGUACAGUAUGUCACUUGCGCCCUCAGACAGACAUAAGUACUGAUCUCACUUUAAGACAAUGAACCUCUACAUCAUGAGACGACAAAUGAAGCAACCAACUGCUAGAAGCAAUUAUCGUCCUCACUUCGACACUCCGACUCGAUUUACACUUACACGAUGUGACAGCUUUUUCGCACAAGACUCCUCGACCAGCAUUUUAUCACCUGCAGAAACCGAAAGAGAAUUAACGUCAUCUCUGUCAUUAGCUACUACGAGACACUGAACCGUUGAGUGCGCAUUGACGAAGAUUAACUGUGCGGAAGGACAUGCCCACCCAUAAUGAGAGGCAGGGGACUUGACGUAUCUUUGAAAGGAGACACAUAUUUCUUAUUGCUUUAUAUGUAACAAUGUCUCAAUGCUGCUCACCCAAAAGGACUGACAAAGUGAUAGCAAACUCGAAAUCCAACAGAUACUCAUACUUCGUCUUCGUCACUUCAAGACGAUCAAUCUUUAGCUAAUCCUUGUUCUAAGACAAAGUAUUUUGGGGGAAAAUUGUUUUGACUUAAGUAAGUUUAUGUGUAGACAAUUAGCGAGGGUAAUUGUGACAAUGUUUCUCAUGAACAUUGUUGACAUUACCAUGAAUAGUCAUACACCUUUUAAGGAAUAUAUCAGGCACUUAAUGGGAGGGAGUAUUCUGAAAAAAAUUGUAUUUCAAACUUGAUAAAGAGACUUGCUUUUACUUGACUUGCAUACACUUAUGUUAGAUAUUUACUUCCUGUUAAUAGCUAUAUAUACUAGCACAAAAUCUAUUCUAUGUCAUAAUUUUGGGUGUUUGAUAAAAUCACUGACUGACGUAAAUUGACUGUAGUUGAUCAUUGUGUGCUUGUCGUCCUUGAUUGUGCUACUUUUGAAAAAAAAAUUGUUUCCUCCUCUUUUAUCAUCCAUUUCAAUUCAAGCAAGUAUUUUUAUAACGUUAUUUUAGGGUUUAACCCUUAUCACUUUAUGACUAUUUCUUCAAGUCUUGCAGGUGUACCUCCCCCCCCCCCCCCCGGGCUAUAUAGGGUUAAGGGGUAUGUGAGUUAUGAUGUUCAGUAUUAUUUCAUAGCUUACAUUUAUGAAUGUUUUGAAUGUUUUUAAGUGUUGAAUGUAUUUUAGCGUUGCAUGCUCUUCUCACCUUAAUCAGACUUCUUACUGGAAAAUGAGAUUUAAAAACCUGUAUUCAAAUCUGAUAAAGAACUAAUAGUGAUGCAAAUACAUUUCAAUAUUAUUCAAGUACUGUGUUAUAAUUAUGUACAUUUUUCAUGUAAUGCACUUACUAGAACUAGGUUUUUUUUUUACUCUUUACUUUUUGUUUAUAGAAUAUCUUAAAGAUAUUUUGAUGAUUUUAGACAAGUUGAUAGUGGCAAAUUCUAUGAAUUUCCAUGAUAAAAAGUAGCAAUUUUUUAAAGCUGUCAGCUAUGUUACAAUGUUAUACAAAUUGUGGUUUUGUGAUAAUAAAGUCUGGAUGUUCACAA